AUGUACGCAGGGACCCACUGCGUGAGGCUACUGAGACUAGCAGAAGACGGAGAAGGAGACGGUGAUGGAGACGGUGACGGAGACGGAGACGGAGACGGAGACGGAGAAGGAGACGGAGAAGGAGACGGAGAAGGAGACGGAGAAGGAGACGGAGAAGAAGAAGGAGAAGGAGACGGAGACGGAGACGGGAGAAGAAGACGGAAGACGGAGAAGGAGAAGGAGACGGAGAAGGAGACGGAGAAGGAGACGGAGACGGAGACGGAGACGGAGACGGAGACGGAGACGGAGACGGAGAAGGAGAAGAAGAAGGAGAAGAAGAAGAAGAAGAAGAAGUCUUCGAGGGAUGGUGCGGUUGAUAGGCGAGGCUGGAGUGCAACGCGUUGGGCGCGGGAUAAUGGGGUGGGUCGUGGUGGGAGAGCCUGA